GCAACCCUACUUGAAAGCGCGCUGUCUGUGUAGCUGGCUGCUUUUCACUGGAGCACGGAUGAAACUACGGACGGAGAAGAGACAAUUUGGACCGCGAAGAGAACAAGACCCAACGUUGAACUGAUUUGAUAAGUGUCAGAUACUAAAUUAGUGGGUAGCAUUAGCUAGCUAUUCAAUCCCUUGUUAAUAAGUGAACGCUAGUCUCGGACAUUCCCAUCGUUCGCGUUCAUUGAUGAACACAGGACUUGACUUCACCCUCUCUCUUAGGAAUAUUGAAUUCGCGGUAUGAAUUGUUUGCAUCUGAUAGUUUGAUGGGGCUUUUAAGGAUUAUGAUGCCGCCUAAGUUACAGCUUUUGUCUAUAUUGGCUUUUGGAGUGUCGAUGCUCUUCAUUGAAAACCAAAUCCAGAAACUGGAGGAGUCGCGAACAAAACUGGAGCGUACCAUCGCCAGACACGAGGUGAGGGAGGUGGAGCAGCGCCACACCCAAGAUGGCGUACGGGACACGCCGCCGCUGGCUGAGGCAGAGGACGUGGUUAUCAUAUAUAAUAGAGUGCCCAAGACGGCGAGCACGUCGUUCACCAACAUCGCCUAUGACCUUUGUGGAAAGAACCACUUCCACGUGUUGCACAUCAACACCACCAAGAACAAUCCUGUCAUGUCCUUACAAGACCAGGUGCGCUUUGUCCGUAACGUGACGUCCUGGAGAGAGAUGAAGCCUGGGUUCUACCACGGACAUGUGGCUUUCCUCGACUUCUCCAAGUAUGGGGUGAGAGGUAAACCUGUUUACAUCAACGUGGUCCGGGACCCUAUCCAACGCCUAGUAUCAUACUACUACUUCCUGAGGUUUGGAGAUGACUACAGGCCUGGCCUUCGACGGAGAAAACAAGGCGACAAAAAGACCUUUGAUGAGUGUGUGUCAGCAGGUGGUUCUGACUGUGCCUCUGAGAAGCUUUGGCUCCAGAUCCCAUUCUUCUGCGGACACUACUCAGAGUGCUGGAACGUGGGCAGCAGGUGGGCCCUGGAUCAGGCCAAGUAUAACCUGCUGAAUGAAUAUCUACUAGUAGGGGUGACAGAGGAGCUGGAGGACUUUAUCAUGAUGCUGGAGGCAGCCCUGCCACGCUUCUUCAAGGGUGCCACAGGCCUCUACAAAACAGGUAAGAAGUCCCACCUGCGUAAGACCACAGAGAAGAAGCCGCCCACCAAGGAGUCCGUUGCCAAGCUGCAGCAGUCCGACAUCUGGAAGAUGGAGAAUGAGUUCUAUGAGUUUGCCCUGGAGCAGUUCCAGUUUGUCAGAGCCCACGCCGUCCGGGAGAAGGACGGGGAACUCUACCUGCUAGCCCAGAACUUCUUCUAUGAGAAAAUAUACCCCAAAGUGAACUAGGGUGGAACUGGGUUAACAUCAGGCCAGGGGGAUGUUGAUGAGGUCUGGGUUAACAUCAGGCCAAGGGGAUGUUGAUGAGGUCUGGGUUAACAGCAGGCCAGGGGGAUGUUGAUGAGGUCUGGGUUAACGUCAGGCCAGGGGGAUGUUGAUGAGGUCUGGGUUAACAUCAGGCCAAGGGGAUAUUGAUGAGGUCUGGGUUAACAUCAGGCCAAGGGGAUGUUGAUGAGGUCUGGGCUAUCAUCAGGCCAGGGGGAUGUUGAUGAGGUCUGGGCUAACAUCAGGCCAGGGGGAUGUUGAUGAGGUCUGUGCUAACAGCAGGCCAGGGGGAUGUUGAUGAGGUCUGGGCUAACAUCAGGCCAGGGGGAUGUUGAUGAGGUCUGGGUUAACAUCAGGCCAAGGGGAUGUUGAUGAGGUCUGGGCUAUCAUCAGGCCAGGGGGAUGUUGAUGAGGUCAUACACUCUACUCUCUGUGUUAGUUCAGACGGCAGAGCCUGACCAAUAUUCACCCUGUUACACACGUUGCAGAAUGCCAUCAUAACAAUAACUCUGUCUGACGUGUGAACGGGGACCUACUGUGUAGCUGUACUGUAACUGGGGUCUGGGGGGAAAGGGGGAUACUGUGCUGGUUUCAUUGGUUCCUUGUUCUUCACUGUAGUUGUUGACUUCUACAAGGUAUUUGAACAGGUCUCAAAUCCACCACGGUGUCCUGUUCUCUGUAGCUGGUGACUUCAACUGGUUAUUUAAGCCAGAUCUAACAUGGUGUCCUGUUCUUCUCUGUAGCUGGUCACUUCUACAGGUUAUUUAAGCCAGAUCUAACAUGGUGUCCUGUACUUCUCUGUAGCUGGUCACUUCUACAGGUUAUUUAAGCCAGAUCCAACAUGGUGUCCUGUACUUCUCUGUAGCUGGUCACUUCUACAGGUUAUUUAAGCCAGAUCUAACAUGGUGUCCUGUACUUCUCUGUAGCUGGUCACUUCUACAGGUUAUUUAAGCCAGAUCUAACAUGGUGUCCUGUACUUCUCUGUAGCUGGUCACUUCUACAGGUUAUUUAAGCCAGAUCUAACAUGGUGUCCUGUACUUCUCUGUAGCUGGUCACUUCUACAGGUUAUUUAAGCCAGAUCUAACAUGGUGUCCUGUACUUCUCUGUAGCUGGUCACUUCUACAGGUUAUUUAAGCCAGAUCUAACAUGGUGUCCUGUACUUCUCUGUAGCUGGUCACUUCUACAGGUUAUUGAAACCAGAUCCGGCAUGGCAGAUUCAUCAGGGCCCGUAUAUACACGCAGGUCAGAGGUCAAUAAGCCCCCCCCCUCCGCUGGGGACCUGCCUUGUGGUCUUCAGGCUCCAACUCAAAAUGGUUGCCCAACCACAUCGGAAGACGUCCAGCAAAAGCUUUUGUCUUUUUUACGUUUCUUUUUUUUAAUCAAACACGAGAAGGUCAAUUCAGAAGAAAACAGGAGUAUGUCAGAAAUUCGGACAUUUGAUCUGUAGUAAAUAACUUCAGAUCAAAGUGUCAGAAGGACAGUUUGCUGGCUCAUGCCUAAGCUGGGUGGCUGUGAAAGGGAGGUACUGUACUAACAAGGAGGAAAGGGUGGUUUCAGCUCAGUGUGAUGCUGCUAGCACUGUCAGGGUGGCUUCAGCUCAGUGUGAUGCUGAGUGGCUUCAGCUCAGUGUGAUUGAUGCUACUGUGUGUGUUAAGGGCUGUUCAUCUACAUUGUGUUUGUGUACAGUUGUGGCCAAAAGUUUUGAGAAUGACACAAAUAUACAUUUUCACAAAG